UCGGUNAUCGAAGCACGAAAGCCCGACUUCGAUGCAUUCAUCGACCCGCAAAAGCAGUACGCGGAUGCGGUCAUCGAAGUGCUUCCUACGCAGUUGAUUCCAGAUGACAAUGAAGGGAAAGUGUUGAGAGUGAGAUUGAUAAUGAAGGAAGGUGUGAAAUACUUUAGCCCGGUUUACCUAUUUGAUGAAGGUUCAACCAUCUCUUGGAUCCCUUGCGGCCGCAAACUCACCUGCUCGUACCCUGGCAUCAAGUUCAACUACGAACCUGACUCCUACUUUGACCAUGAGGUAUCAGUUUUGGAGAUGGAUGGGCAAUUCGAUAGACUGGACGAGCUGAUUUACGUGGAGAGUCAUCUGAGCAACCUGUCAACCAAAUUCUAUGGAGAAGUCACUCAACAAAUGCUCAAGCAUGCUGAUUUCCCUGGUAGCAACAACGGGACUGGUCUAUUCCAAACCAUUGUUGGAUUGAAGAUCAGAGAUCUUUACGAGCAGCUCAUUGCCAACAAAGCCACUGCUCGUGCUGAAGCUGCUAAAGCCUAAAAAUACAAACAAAGAGAUGCCAAAUAGAACGCGUCGAUAAAUCCAUCCGCAGUUUCUUCUUUUCUUAUUUCUUUCUCUCUUUCUUUCUUUCUUAAUCGGUUGUUUACCGCGGAUUUUCAUAUGGCGAAAAGGACGGUCUUUGCUUGUUUGUAAUUUGUGUGGGAGAUAAAAAAAAGAAAAGCAUGUACUGUAGAGAAGUUAAAUAGCAGAGCAAAUAACAGUUCAGUUUAUAGAA